CAUCGGUGCGCUUCCUUUGUGGCUCCCCUAAAACAAUGCUGAAGACAAGAGUUCCGCAAUAACAACAGGAUGUUGUGGUGCCGACCAGAGAGCUCGGAUAAGCUUGUCAGAGAGUAUCUUGGCACCGGACCAAGCGUCAGAAACAAGAUGCUAAAAAACUGGGGUGUCAUUGGUGGUGUUGCUGCUGCCAUCGCGGCUGGUGUGUAUGUUUUGUGGGGCCCAAUCACAGAGCGAAAGAAGAGAAAGCGAGGUAUGGUUCCUGGUCUGUUGAACUUGGGCAACACUUGCUUCCUGAAUUCUUUGCUACAGGGUCUGUCAGCAUGCCCGUCCUUCAUCCGCUGGCUGGAGGGAUUUUCAAACUCACCCGCAAUACAGUCGUGCAAAGAAAACAAGUUGUCCACGACACUUCUCCAGCUUCUCAAAGCUUUCUCCAGUAAUGAGUUGGGGAAUGAAGAUGUGUUGGAUGCUGGGUGCUUGCUGGAUGUUCUCAGACUGUACCGGUGGCACAUCAGUUCAUUUGAAGAGCAGGAUGCCCACGAACUCUUUCAUGUCAUAACAUCAUCUCUUGAGGAGGAGCGGGACCGGCAACCAAAAGUCACCCACUUGUUUGACAUGCAGACUCUUGAGAGCCUCCCCAAUCAAGAUGAGAGAAGGACUUGCAGAAGUCGAGCCCCUCUUCACCCGAUUCCAAGCCCUUGGAAGUUUCAGCAUCCUUUCCAUGGCCGUUUAACGAGCAACAUGUUGUGCAAGCGGUGCGAGCAACAAAGCCCGGUGCGAUAUGAUUCCUUUGAAAGCCUUUCAUUAUCUAUUCCUUUACCUCAGUGGGGUCGACCGGUCUCUCUGGAUCAAUGUCUACAGCAUUUCAUCUCCUCAGAAACUAUCAAGGAAGUAGAGUGUGAAAAUUGCACCAAGCUUCAACAAGGGACAAGAGUCAAUGGAGAGCUUCCGGAAAAUCAGCGGACAACAUUUGUAAAGCAGCUUAAAUUGGGCAAGCUUCCCCAGUGCCUCUGCAUCCAUCUGCAAAGACUCACAUGGUCCAAUGAAGGAACCCCAAUUAAACGACAAGAGCAUGUUCAGUUUACGGAGUAUCUAUCAAUGGACCGCUACAAACACAACACCUCUAUACCGACGAGUCAGCGCGCCAAACGUGCAGGGAAGCACCAAAGUGCAGAAAAUUCAAGCAAGGAUAUGCAAAAGCCUGCUGCCAAUGGCACAGAUUCAGAGCUUCAUAACAACAACAAACCCUUUGCAAAUGGAAACUGUUCAUCUGUCUGUUUAUAUUCUACAUGUGGGACCACUCAAUUGGGCCUCACGUAUGACUACGGCUUCACGGAGUACCUUUUCCAACUCACAGCUGUGCUGGUUCACCAUGGUGACAUGCACUCAGGACAUUUUGUAACAUAUCGACGCAGCCCCUCCCCACCUUGCAGUUCCUCGCCAUAUAUCUCUCAGUGGCUCUGGGUGUCCGACGACUCGGUCCGUAAAGCCAGCCUGCACGAGGUGCUGUCCUCUAAUGCUUACAUGCUUUUUUACGAGAGAGUAAAGAAGCAGAGCGCCGUGUUGCAUACACAGGACUAAGUGAAGGCUCGGCGGCUAAAUUCAUUCUGCUGCCUCUCCAGUCGCAUGGUUACAAAUGGAUGUGUCCAUGAUCACAGCAUGGUUGAUGCACGAGUUGACAAAAGAGUGCCUCAUUUGAUUGAGGUGUUCGGUGUGCACGGAUCAAAGCAACGACUUGUGGUCAUGUGAUGUUGUUGCUUUUAUCCAAAGCGGGAGAAUCCAAUUCCAAAGACUCUGGACAUGUCUCGCUCUAAAUGUAUUUGGUUUGCAAAGGAAAACAAACUUGAGAAAUGUGACAGUACAGUACAUUCCUGGUUCAAAUCUCAAUAGGUUCAUUUAUGACGCAUUAACCGUUGUUUUAAGAACUCCAUUUGAAUUCAGAUUGUUUCCAUUUUUCAAUGCUGAGAAGUGAGAACUCGGACUCAAAUCAGAGAGAAUUUGAUGAUUGUGCAUACAUGACACAGAUGAUAAUAAUUCCCAAUGAUUUAAUAGCAAUGUAUGUAGGCAUCUUCUGGAAAUUAUGCAUCAUUAUUUGGAUCUGUCUGGUAUUGUAAUACGGAAUGACCAUUUGCAUACUGUAGCUAAACUUUUGAAGUGAAAGUGCCGUGUUGGUUUCCGAGAUUUUUCAUACGAAGCCAUACAUGCGUGACAAUUGUUUUUCUCUGAUGUAAAAAUUUGAUGGAUAAUUUGGUGUCCAGAUUCAACUUUGUCACGAGAGGAGCUGUAACAAAUGCAUCCAAACAAUGGCUUCUCUGCAAGUUAGCUUCAAUAUUUUUAACCCUGCACUACUAGUAACUGCCACUUUCCUCCUUCCAAACCAUCUGAGAAGCAAGGAUGUAGAGUAGUGGCCUGUUGUUAAUGUUUGCAAUUUGCACUAUUGUACAGUAUAUACAUGUGAAAUUUUGGUGUGCAAUUUCUAAAGGUGACCGUUUUGUGAUAUUAAAAAAUAA